AUGGAACCCUGGACAUUCUUAUGCAACUUAGGGAGCUCUGGAAAUGGGAUACUCUCAGCUGAAGUGACACUGCCGUUCCCUGAUGAGGUUUCUGAGAGAUCUUCAAACUUCAUAAACUGCCCCACUUGUGCAGCAGCAAGGUGGGCAUAA